AUGGUUUUGGAGACCGAUGGAUUGGUUGGAUUUCUUGGUGUACGUGUAACUGAAGCUCAGUUUUCAAUUUUGGUUAAUGGGAAAGCUACUUCUAGAAUUCAACCAUCUAAAGAAAUAAGACAGGGUGACCCAUUGUCCCCUUUCUUGUUUUUGUUAGUGGUUGAAGUUCUUUCUUUGCUUAUGAAUGAUGCAGUAGCUGCAGGCAGGAUCAGUGGAUUUCAAGUGGUGGAAGGAGGUACCAUAGUCUCUCAUUUGCAGUUUGCGGAUGACACAAUAAUUCUGCUAGAUGCAACCAAACUGGAGGUAAGGAGACUGUUUAUUAUCCUUAUGAUGUUUGAGGUGAUGACUGGUUUGAAGCCGAACUUGGAGAAGAGUGCAAUGACUAGUAUAGGUGCAGAUGAACUUGUGCAUGAGCUUUUCUUUAGAGUUGGAGUGCAAAGUGGAUAG